UGUAUGAAUAGUGUUUAAUUAGCCUACACGCAAGAUUUUUACAUUCGUUCGCGCGAUGUUUUCCAAAUUAUUAGUAAAUGCGCAUGCUGUGCAUUGAUCUGUUUAUAUAGUCUCCAUUCCGUGCUCGAGUAUUUCUGUCUAAAUCCGACCUGCGAGCGAAAAAUGAGAUCAUUUUUCAUCGGGCGAUUAUCCUGCUGUUCAAAAUGCGCUGGAUGAGCUACAGUAUAUCAUAGGAUCCACGGGCCUUCACUAAACAGAAAAACAUGAUGGUACUCGUUUAAAUAAAAUCUCCGCGUCAGGUUAUAUUCGGUUUUCAUAAUAGUUGUUUUAAAUGGACAAUACUGUACGUGCGCGAUUAGGAAGCCAGCAGGCGCGGCCCGCAUCCAAGAAAUAGAAACGUUUUGCUCGGCUCUGCUUCCCGCUGCCAUAUAUAGCCUGAUAUUGCCUGGGUGCCUUGUCCCAGGCCAGUCAGACAAAAAUGAUCUCCAUGUAUAUAUAAAGCUAGAAUCAACCCACCUGUGACCAAAACAAGACUCUGCCCAGGGCCUAGAUAUCAAUUUAGUUUCUGUUUAUUAAUUUAGUAGUGUAUGCCAUGGCAUAAUAAUAAUAAUUAUAAUAAUAAUUAUUAUUAUUUUAUAGUGAUUGUAAUGCAUUAUGAGCAUAACUGCUGUGGUAAUGCUUGUAUUACAUAAUAAGAUCACGCUUCAUUUUGUUAACAAAACUUAUAUUGACUGUUGUCUAUCAACAGGUCUUCAUUUUUAUCUGCAAUAUUAGUGACAGCUUCACAGGCUCUGCCCUCGCUCCAUGGCUGAAGGCUGUAAGUCACAGGGAGUAGAACAGACCCAGAUGGCAUGUAAUAUUACCAUCGCUGGCCAUCUGAGCCGCAGACAGCAGUCUGGCACACUGUUCGGAUCUUACAAUAGUACUUUAACAUGUUAUAAUGUUUUGAUGGAGUAUGAAUAUCGACUUGCCAACCUAUAGUCUUUUAGGCAGACAUCCACAUGCCUGAAGAUACCGUAUUACUCCUUUCAGUGUUGGAAUCUGUUGCCUGUCUUCCUUGCCUGGGCUGCACCUGACGUCAAUGUGGUUUGUGCUGGAGCUCUCCUUGGUGCUACCGCUUGCAUUAUUGCAUAUACUACUGAUCCCAGUUUGCCAUGAACUUCCUCGACCCCUCCUUUAUCCCACUGACCAGUGUCCUCACUGAGGAGCUGAAGCAGAAGAAAGGCCCCACGUGGAAGUUCAACAGGACAGCAUUCUUCCAGCAGAGAAAAGAGAUCUCUCAGUACAUUGACGUGCCAAAUAACUUCUCCCUGCUGAAAAAUGAUGUGCGCGUGGGCCAGCUGAUGCAUUAUGACUAUUCCAGCCACAAGUAUGUCUUCUCCAUUAGCAGUAACUUCAAAUCAUUGCUUCCCGAGUCCUCUCCCAUCCAGAACAAGCACUACAACGUGUGCGCAGUGGUGGGCAACAGCGGCAUUCUCACUGGGAGCUCCUGCGGGCAUCAAAUUGACGAGUCUGACUUUGUCUUCCGCUGCAACUUUGCCCCCACCGAGGUCUUCCACAAGGACGUGGGCCAUAAGACGAAUCUCACCACUUUCAACCCCAGCAUCCUCGAGAAGUAUUACAACAACCUGCUCACCAUCCAGGACCGUAACAACUUCUUCCUGAGCCUGAAGAAGUUGGACAGUGCCAUUCUCUGGAUCCCUGCUUUCUUCUUUCACACCUCAGCCACAGUCACCAGAACCCUGGUCGACUUCUUUGUGGAGCACAAGGGCCAGCUGAAGGUGCAGCUCGCUUGGCCGGGAAACAUCAUGCAGUACGUCAACAGGUACUGGAAGACCAAGCAGCUGUCCCCUAAGAGGCUGAGCACAGGCAUCCUGGUGUACACGCUGGCCGCGGCCAUGUGUGAGGAGGUGCACCUGUACGGCUUCUGGCCUUUCGGCUGGGACCCCAGCACAGGCCGGGAGUUGCCCUACCACUAUUACGACCGCAAAGGCACGAAGUUCACCACCAAGUGGCAGGAGUCCCAUCAGCUCCCCGCCGAGUUCAAGCAGCUCUACAAGAUGCACGCCGAGGGCCUUACCAAGCUCAGCCUAUCGCACUGCAUCUAGCCAGCCCAGGUGACUGUGCUCUGGGCCGACAUCUGCAAGGUCCGCACAUUUAGCAUGACGAGUGGUCUGAUUCCAUGCCGUGAUACCUUUUUUCCCACUAAAAUUACAGUAAAUCAAACAGGGUUUAACCACAGAGGAUACACCCCACAUAACUAUCCACAUAAGCAUUCACAUAAACUGACCUUUGCCCCAAUAGUAUUAGACGUGUACUGCCAGUCCAUUGCACAUCACUUACUUGUCAGAGAGUUGCACAGUUUGACCCUGUGUUUAAUGAACGUGGUCAAAUGCAUAUACGGAUGUGGAAUUUGACCACAUCUACAUGAACAUGACGAGAAGGCUCUUACGAGACACCUGCAUAUCAUCUUCUAUGUCCCCUGGAAUUGCCGAUGUGUGUGUGUUGUCGUAGAUAUCCAUGGACAUCUGUAUUUGCUGAUCAUGGCUGUUCUUAAUGGACUUAGGGUUGUAGAUAUCGGUCAUUUGUUUACUGAGCAUGCCAAUCCCAUGCAGGCAUAGGGCCGAUGAUUUGGGAAAUUUGUUAACCUAACAUACCCGUGUGAGUUUUUGAACACGGACGACAGCCAUGUGUUUACUGAGCAUACCAAAAGGCCCUUAAGGUCAUGGAGAUGACACUGGAUUCAUGGUGUCCACUGCACGGGAUACCAUACUGUAGAGCUUAUCUGUGUAAAUCUGUAUUUAGAUUUACUGAUAAAUAGAUAAUAAACUGCCCAAAGGGUAAAUGUAAUAGAAAUUAAUAUUUUUGUACUGCCUUUGCAGAAACUAUUUGACUCAUUAUUCAGGCCAGAACGUACAUUCAUGAUGCACCGCCAUUAUGUUAUGAAGCAUCAGGCUGAAAUAUAUCCCUGUCAUGCAAGCUCUUAAGUACGCCAAGACAUAGAGAAUUGUUUACAUAGGUAGAUUUGUUAUUGUUGUAUUCAUUAAACCAUGAAUUAGACUUAGGCAGGUCGAUGAGAUGUACUUCUCAGCCAAAUAGCAGUGAAUUAUUACUAAAUUACAUGGAGCUAAACCACAUAGGUCUGUACUGCGGAUUUCAACUCCACAUCAUACAGAGUCAAACGAUGACCUCAGCAGUGUUGCCCUGUCUUGUUUUCCUUGAGACUAACACAUAUCAUGGGUGGUUCUACAUGUUCAGUCAAGCUCAGGGGGCUCUUCUCAGUUCAGGUCUAGGUCAUCUGACUUUGGAAACCAACAGAAGAAGAAAACACAAGUAACAUAUUAUCAUGCUUGAGGUAUAAGCUGAGAAAUUGUCUGCAAUGCAUUUUGGAUCUUUUACAUUUAGUAAUAUUUGGCUUUACGUGAAUAACACACUCAUAAAACUGCUCCAAAGAUAACUCUAAGAUGUGGAGUUUAAUAUCAUUUGUAAUUAUUCUGUACGUUUAGGUAGAACAAAGGAAUGAUAAAAUCAUUUCAACUACUACUCCGAUGUUGCUGUUUAAAUGAUUAGCAGAUCUUGUCACUGCCAAGAACUACUGUCAGUUAUUACUGUAGUUUAACAAUAUAAUCCUACCUAGUCUGGGCUGGAGGCCUGCUGUGAUUUUAAAUACAAGUCCUGUGGUAUAGCAGAGGUCAUCGUAGACAUAAAAUAACUGGUGCAGUAUUACAGUGCCCACCCGUCAUGGAUUUGCAGUCUGGUAUAUACCCGAAUGUCUCAGGACCUGCCCCAAUAACAAUGGCCAACCUCGAUUGCCAAAGGCAACAGUAAGAUGGUAAGGAGAUGAAGAACUCGUUAGCGUAGCCCCGAGACGCUUCCUUUAAGCGCCUAAUAGUUGAGUCAGUAUUGAAUUUUGCCUUGCUUUGUGGGGGGGUUCAGUUUACGGCAGUGUUUCCCAAUCUGGCCCUCGGGGAACCACAGACAGUCCACGUUUUUUGCUCCCUCCCAGCUCCCAGGUAAGGAGCAGAAAUGUGGACUGUCUGGCAGGGAGCUGGGAGGGAGCAAAAACAUGGACCGACUGUGGGUCCCUGAGGAGCAGAUUGGGAAACCCUGCUUUAGGGGACUUGAUAAGAGGUGUCAGUGCCUUGUGGGUGGGUUCCAAGGGCAGAGAACACGGCGGCUUUAUUAUUUCCACCAUUCUUAUCAGAUUGACUGUCUUAGCCCUGAAUAUCAUGAUGGGACCAACCUUAGCUCUCACACAUCUAAUAAUUAUUUAUUUCUUAAUAUAUUUGAAUACAGCUUUGUCAUAUGGGAAAUGAUAAACAUAGGUUUAUAAUGAGAACAGCAUGAAAUUACCGACAUUUCCUUGCAUGCCUUCUACAGCCUGUAAUGUAUGGAAAAAAUUACACAUCAGCUUUAAUGCACUGCAAACAGCAUGUCCAUUACAUUACAUAGUGCAUUUGUUUACCAGGUCUAUGUGAUACAAAUGCAAAGAGUUACUGUGUAUGAAACUAGGUACUUUAUCUGUUUUACCUGUGUCAGCAAGUAAACUAAUUGUAAAGCAGCCAUAACCAGAGGCCUUGUGUUUGUACCCCUGAGAAAUGUACUUUACCAGCUUUGCGUCAGUGAAAUAUCAUCCCGUGUUUGAGUGGCCCUUAGGUACUCACCUUAUGUCAGAUCAUUUAGCUUGCUAGAGUUAGUAUGGGGUUGUUAGAUGCUGAGCCUGAAUCUGUGCUGGUGCCCUGUCCAGUCACACACUGUAUAUCGGUAUCUGCUUAGCGUCAGAUAAUGUGCCCAUGUGUAAAUAAAUCAUUGUGUGUUCCCAGAAUCCUUUGCAAAUCAGUGCGACCGAAGCUGAUGGAGUGAGUGGCCGAGUGAUGCAUAAAAGUGCCGGCAAGACGUCUCCUCGGGUUAGCUGUUCUCCACGUAACGGGCAUAGAAAUGCUGUGGGUUGCUCACUCGGGCUUAAUUGCACGGCCAUGCGUUUCGCCCUUAUGUACAGGGAUGCUCUCAGCCAUUAUCACCUUAUGCUCCUAAACAUUUGCAUCUGCUACUCUGUAUUUGACUGCUGACACUGUUUUAACCACCAACAUGUCUAUCAGAAGUUUUCUACAGCCAACAGUUUCCAUACUAGUCAAAUAAUUAAGCUACGAACUAAGAAUAUUGAGAAAAAAAAAUAUAUAGAAGUUUUUUGCCUACGUAGCUGACCACUGAGUGAACAUUAUUGUGCCACCGGUGUUGUUAAGCACCUGUAUACCCAUUGAUAGGUUGGGUUAUGUAUAUAUUUACCUGCUUCAGCAUUGCUGUUUCUCUCUGGACGUCUCUUUCACAAUAAUAGCCAAUGAGCUUUUGAUACUUAGAUACAAAGUACCAAAGAGCAAAGAGUUGAAUCUUCUGUGGACGUUGAGGAUAAGGUGCCAGACUAUGGCCUCUGUACCCGUGUGAAAGGCCACAGUUAGAUUAGAUUUCACAACCGUUCAAGUCAGCAGUGUUUAUAUUUAGGCCGCUGGCUGCAUCCACAGGGACUCCAUUUCAUUAAAAAGUCCCUGUGGUUCAGCCGUAAUAACUUACACCCAUUCCAAGGGUACUGCUGGCUUCCACUGGAAAGGAUACAGUGUACGGUCGCUAGGUACCAGCCCCGGUGUGUUCUGUUUACACCAUCAUUUCAACUUUGGUCAGAUCAGAUAAACUGAACGGUUCACACAGGGCUCUGCAGUGGAGAAAAUGUGCUCUCUGGGGCCAUGACAGGACAACAACUGCUCAUGUAUGUGAUACACGUAGAGUUAGUAUGGAUCACUGUACUGGCUAUGUCACCAUGCACUGUACCAGGCUAGCAUUUUGUUGUCCAGCUGAUGGAAAUAUUAGACACAGUUCUAUAAUGUGCUUUGCUUUCUUUUCUUCGGUUGGUGUAAUUAUCGAAAAUAAAUGUACAAUACAGCACUGUCACUCAGAAGAAGGUUAAAUGCUCAACCCAUGCAGCUGUGUGCUAUUUAGUAUCUAGAUUUUUCUAAGAAAGUGGUGUUGUGAUUGUACAAGGUGUAGUGCAUAUAUUACGAAGGUUUGGCUGAAUUGGCUUCUGGGUUGAGGGCAAAGUGCUUUCCCACAGUUUGUUGGCAAAUCUGAAUGCAGGCUUUCAGCACUUGUACAGCCAUGGGACAAAGAUGCUGACUUCAAGGGUCAUCAACAGGGUGCCUCUCCUUUUAGCAGAGCUCAGUUGGAAUUGGGUUUAAUUCCAAACCUUGUGUAUUACAGAAAUGUCCUUGUUAAUGUUAUACAGAUUCCCCUCAACGGUUGUGAAAGUUGCUUCACUCACGUUUAACAUUUUGAACAACAUCCAGGUGAGUGGUAGGAUCUAUUAAAUCCAGUGACCAUUUAUGUAUUUUUAGUUUUUCCCUGAUGAUCCUUUACUGAUUUUAUAUAUAAUUUUCCAGUAUCAGGCAAAUGACACAUUUAAUGUAACUUUUAUUAUGUAUCGUGUAACACUGAUAUGGAUAAAAUGAUUAAACACAAAUUAAUAUUGGCCUAACUCAAGCAUGUUAUUUGACCUAAUGUAUAUUCUAUAUUUAUUUAUUAUUGUUUUAUUUUAUUUUACUUUUUUUCUCCAAAAAAAAAGGUGUCACGUGACAGAGUAUUUAUUUAUUAAUUUAUAAAGAGUGUGACAUAUAGUACAACUUCAGUUUGAUGGUAAAUCUUAAUUAACGCAUAGAAAAGCAGUGUUUUGAAGUGGAUUGAUGUCACCGCUUUCUCUGUCUGUUUGACUUCAUACACAAUAUUCCUGACCUCCAGAUAUGAGCCAGCUAUAGUUCUCAGCUUUUCCCACCAAAUGUCCAGGCAUCAUCAGCUCUACCAGACUGGCUGCGCUAAUGUUAUUUUUUUAAAUUGGUGUAAUUAUUUUCCAGUGAAAAAACCUGUCGGAUGUACAGAGUUCUUUUAACCGAGAAAAUUUGUAACUUGAUAACAAAUCCUUUUUGGAUGUUUACAGAAACUGUUUUCCCCCCUAUUUAUAGACCUCUGAUGUUGAUAUAAUGUGAAUGUGAACGAGCACUGGCUGAUUUUCUGGAAGCCGUCCACCAGUCUUGAAUGUAAUGCACCUGCAGUUUUGGUCAACAUACUGGAAAAGCCCUAGUAUGGGCUGCUGACUCAAAUAAAGCUAUUUUCUGCCUGA